GGCGGUCUACGGCUGAGCCAGGUGGCGCGAGCUGCUGACGGCACCCGCAAGCUUGUGUUCACGUUGACGGAGGGAGAGGCGGCGGGGGGCAGCGUAGAGACGGUGCUAAUACCUAUCGUUCGGCAGCAGGGGCUGCGGGACCGCCUCACGAUCUGCGUGUCGUCGCAGGUGGGAUGCGCCAUGAACUGUCAGUUCUGCUACACGGGCCGUAUGGGGCUGCUGGGCAACCUCACUACGGCGCAGAUUGUGGAGCAGGUGGUGGAGGCGAGGCGCUUCCUGGCGCAGGAGGGCGAGCGCACCCAGCUGACCAACCUGGUCUUCAUGGGCAUGGGGGAGCCUCUGCACAACACUGAGGCAGUGCUGGCGGCCGCUGACAUCGUGAGCCACUACUUGGGACUGCACAUCAGCCAUAACAAGGUUACGAUCAGCACGGUCGGAUUGGUUCCGGAGAUGCGGUCUGUCGUCGCCCGGAGCCGCGUGCAGAUGGCGCUAUCACUACACGCAACAACGGACGAGGUCCGGGACUGGAUUGUACCCGUCAACCGCCGCUACGACCUGGCCACUCUUACAGCAGCUCUGGAAGAGCUCGGCAACAGCAGUAGCCGCAGCCUGUUGAUUGAAUACACGAUGCUGCAUGGUAUCAACGACACGCUGCAGGAUGCCCAUCGGCUGGUUGCCAUGUUGGCGCGCGUUAAUUGCAAGGUCAACCUCAUCAUGUUCAACCCUCACGCGGGCACACGCUUCCAGCCUUCCACCGAGGAGGCCGUGACCGCGUUCAGGUCUGCGCUGGUGCAGGCCGGCAUGGUGUGCACGAUUCGGGACAGCAGAGGCGAUGAUGAGAUGGCGGCAUGUGGUCAGCUGGGUAACGUGGGACUGGCGUUCCGGCCCUCGCCCAUCUUGGAGCCCCCAGAGCACUUCCGC